AUGAAGCCGCCUUCCGCAGCGCCUCCUGGUACCAUCCCACUCGAAAGCAUCUACUCUGCGUCUGGCUUCGACAUGCUCAAGGCUCUCAUGCGUGUCGCCUCGCGUCCCAAUCCGUGCGUCAAGAUCGGACCUGUCGACUUGUCGUGUUCCUUCACCGUAGCGGAUGCGACACUACCGGAUCAACCGCUCAUCUACUGCUCGGACACGUUCUGUCGUCUCACUGGCUACGCCAGGAGCGAGCUCUAUGGUCGCAACUGCCGUCUCUUGCAGUCGCCGGACGGCAUCGUUCAGCAGGGCUCUGAGCGGACUUCGACGGACAACCAGGCGGUUGCUCACAUCCGCAAGUACGUCGGCAACAAGAAGGAGUGCCAGGCUAGCCUGAUCAACUACCGAAAAGAUGGCCAGCCGUUCAUCAAUCUCGUCACGAUUGUGCCCAUCACCUGGGAUGACACGGACACGAUCAAGUACCUGGUUGGCUUCCAGGUCGACCUGGUGGAGCAGCCCGGCGCCAUCCUUGAGAAGAUGCCAGACGGCUCGUACUUUGUCAAUUACAGCUCUGUCGCCACAGGCGUCCCUACCACCAUCAGAAUUGCGGGCGGCCAGCCCAUAGCCAAGGACACCAGCGCGAUUACGACCGUCGAGUCCUUGACCUCUGCGCAGGAAGACGCGCAGCGCCGCCUCAGCAAUGCACAGUCCAUCGCCGAGGCCAUCGACGGCGGUCACAACGACACGAAGCACUGGGCACGGUUGUUGCUGGAUAAUUCGCACGAUCUCAUCUAUGUUCUUUCGCUCAAGGGCACUUUUCUCUACGUCUCACCGUCGUCGGACCGUAUUUUGGGCUUCAAACCGUCAGAGCUGAUCGGAAAAUCUAUCAGCGACUUCAUCCAUCCCAGCGACGUCGUACCCGUGUUCAGGGAGUUAAAGGACUCGACGAGCAACGCCAACAUCUCUGCGGCAGCUCCGGUCAACUUGCUCUUCCGCAUGCGCACCAAGAGUUCGUCCUACCAGUGGAUUGAGAGCGUUGGGAAGCUGCAUCUCGAGCAGGGCAAAGGCCGCAAGGUGGUCGUCUCCAGCGGUCGCCCUCGACCGUUCUACCACCUAGCGAACAGCGUCAUGACAGCCGUUGCUGCCUCUAAUGAGCCUGGUUUCUGGUUCAAGGUUUCCCUAGAUGGUCUGUUCCUCAAUGUCUCUGCACCCGUGGUCAACAUGCUAGGUAUCACGGCGCACCAGAUGGCAGGCAAGACAUUUAAGGAGCUCUGCGAGCAGGAGUCGCUGUCGGCGCUGUAUCAGUCGCUUCGCACGCCAUCCACGACUCUCAUCUUGCACUCCCUGCUGGACAGCAUGGCCAAUCGCAUCCCUGUCUUGUCCACCUUUUACCCCUCCAGCAUUCGGACGGAACGGAACCAUGAAUCGGUCUGGGUGCAGACACGCCCCGCCCCGCCGAACCUGUCGCUUCAGCCCAACAUCGUGUACUCGUCGCCACCCAAAGAAGGCGACCCGAACGAUGCGUCGGACACGUCGGUCUUUGCGGAGCUAUCGCCAUACCGCUCUUCAAGUUGGUGCUACGAGCUCCAUCAGCUGCGCAAUAUCAACAAGCGCUUGAAGCAGCAAGUC